UCUUAUCCUUGUAUCAUAUAAGCCUCCCUUCUUCUCUUCUUCUGCUGCCGCUUCACACUCUCCUCGCCCCGAGACCAAGGCAAUGGCUUCGGCUACGCUCGCAGUAGCCAAUGCCUCUCUUCAGGCAAACGGCAAGGGUUUCUCGGAGUUCUCGGGGUUGAGGAGCUCAUCGCUUCCCUUGAGAAAGAUCAACACCUCCGAUGACUUCCUCUCGGUCAUCGCCUUUAAGACCUCUGCAGUGGCGGGUGGGGGCGGCGGUGGGUACCGGAAGGGGCCGGCGGAGGCGAAGAUCAAGGUGGCGAUCAACGGGUUCGGGCGGAUCGGGCGGAACUUCCUGCGGUGCUGGCACGGGCGCAAGGACUCCCCCCUCGACGUGGUGGCCAUCAACGACACCGGCGGCAUCAAGCAGGCCUCCCACCUCCUCAAGUACGACUCCACCCUCGGCAUCUUCGAGGCCGACGUCAAGCCCGCCGGCGACGCCGGCAUCUCCGUCGACGGCAAGGUCAUCAAGGUCGUCACCAACCGCAACCCAGUCAGCCUCCCAUGGAAGGAGCUGGGCAUCGACCUGGUGAUCGAGGGGACGGGGGUGUUCGUGGACAGGGAAGGGGCGGGGAAGCACAUCCAGGCCGGGGCGAAGAAGGUGCUGAUCACGGCCCCUGGGAAGGGGGACAUCCCCACCUACGUGGUGGGCGUCAACGCCGACGCCUACAACCCCGACGAGCCCAUCAUCAGCAACGCCUCCUGCACCACCAACUGCCUCGCCCCCUUCGUCAAGGUGCUCGACCAAAAGUUCGGCAUCAUCAAGGGAACCAUGACCACCACCCACUCUUACACUGGUGACCAAAGACUGCUCGAUGCAAGCCACCGCGACCUUCGACGUGCGCGAGCGGCAGCCCUCAACAUCGUCCCUACAUCCACGGGCGCUGCGAAAGCUGUGGCCCUGGUCCUCCCCACCCUUAAAGGCAAGCUCAAUGGGAUCGCCCUUCGUGUCCCCACCCCUAACGUCUCCGUUGUCGACCUCGUCGUUCAAGUUUCCAAGAAGACCUUUGCCGAAGAGGUCAAUGCUGCUUUCCGGGACACUGCAGAGAAGGAGCUGAAGGGCAUUCUCUCUGUGUGCGAUGAGCCUCUCGUCUCCGUGGACUUCCGCUGCACCGAUGUCUCAUCCACUGUUGAUUCAUCGCUCACCAUGGUUAUGGGCGAUGACAUGGUUAAGGUGAUUGCUUGGUAUGACAAUGAAUGGGGCUACUCGCAGAGGGUGGUAGAUUUGGCUGACAUUGUUGCCAACAACUGGAAGUGAUAUCUUGAUAGCUCGAGCGAUGUUGCCUUGUAAUUUUUGAUUCUUCUGUUUUAUUUCUGCUCUUCUGAACACUGUAAUGAGAACUGAAACCUUUUUGACUUUCUAUUGCAUAUAUCUUCCAGUAUCAUAAAACUGUAUCAUGAGAACUCAAUUUUAUUUAUCCAAGCCUUUCAUGAAAUCUUCAUGGAAUUUAAUUAGCA